CUCAAAGCUGAAAUAAAAAUCAAAAGGCAAAAAGAAAAACGAAUUUCCCAUUUCCUCGAUUUCGUUUCGUUGAAAUCUCGUUUGUUUUCCCGUUUCCCCGGAUAUGAAUUCCAAAUCAGCGACGUCGGUCCUGAGGCAUCUCGGCCCUCGCCUCUACUCAACGACGACCAUCCGUACGGUUGUCAACCAACCGCCGCACGGACUUCUGACCGGGACUGCCGGUUUGGUCCACCCCAGCGGGUCGCCGGUUCCGGCAAAUGCCGUCGCCGCGUGGAUUAGGUAUCCUCUACGUAGCGGGAGCACCUUGGCUGCUGGCGACGCUCGCGAAGACGAUAAGUUGGUGACUGGUACAGCCAGUGCCCGUACGGAGGAGAAGGCGAUCGUGAGCUACUGGGGCGUGCCAACAGCUAAGGUGUCGAAAGACGAUGGCACGGAAUGGAAGUGGAAGUCAUUUAGGCCGUGGGAGGCGUAUACACCUGAUCUAUCGAUCGAUCUGAAGAAGCACCACGUUCCGAUCACGUUCAUGGACAAGAUCGCGUAUUGGACGGUCAAGGCGCUCAGAUUCCCCACCGAUGUUUUCUUCCAGAGAAGAUAUGGGUGUCGGGCCAUGAUGCUAGAAACUGUGGCAGCAGUGCCGGGCAUGGUAGGAGGAAUGCUCUUACAUUGCAAGUCAUUGAGGCGCUUCGAGCACAGUGGCGGAUGGAUAAAGGCACUCUUAGAAGAGGCUGAGAACGAGAGGAUGCAUCUCAUGACCUUCAUGGAAGUAGCCAAGCCCAGGUGGUAUGAGCGUGCGCUUGUCUUCACCGUCCAAGGCAUCUUCUUCAAUGCGUAUUUCCUAGGUUAUCUUGUUUCACCCAAGCUGGCCCACCGUGUCGUGGGAUACCUGGAAGAGGAGGCCAUCCACUCCUACACCGAAUUCCUUAAGGAGCUGGACAAGGGUAACAUUGAAAAUGUUCCGGCCCCUGCGAUAGCCAUCGAUUACUGGCGUAUGCCACCCAAUUCAACUCUCCGAGAUGUCGUCAUGGUAAUCAGAGCUGAUGAGGCACAUCAUCGUGACGUCAACCACUAUGCAUCGGAUAUCCAUGUACAAGGACACGAGCUGAGAGAAUCUCCGGCCCCAGUUGGGUACCACUGAGGUUUGGUGUGAACUCACUGCAAAAGAAAUACAAUCUCAUUAAUAAAUAAGAGUUGCAGUUUCUCUUGUUUGAGGUUUGAGUUUAUGGUUAGUAGAUCUUAAUCUGUAAAUAGGGUUUGUAUUAGGACCUUAAGGGCUAUUUUGAUGUAUGAAACUUAGAACAUGAAUUGUAGUUUCCCUUUAAAAGUAUUGUGAGAACUCAUGUUGGAGAAAUUGUAAUUGUAAUCGGAUUCUUUGUUGAGUGUGUCCUUGUUGGCUUAUUA